AUGCCGAGGUCGACUCACCGGCCUCGACCAUAUGAGGUCUCACCUUCCUCCAGGACCAGAGGUCUGCCUAUGCCCGAGCUUUGUGCCCAUCCGAUACCCCGACCUCUUAGCUAUCAAAGGGCCGAUGGCGGCGAGCGCACGGGCGAGGAAAACCUAGGAGCGGCCCGAUUUCGCAGUCAACAACAACCUGAGGAGGGUUUUGACUACCCAUUUCGGGCCAAUCGCGCAACCCUAGGUGGCGUGCGAACUGCUUCAGGCUUCCACAAUCAUGAAUUUCGCAUCAAAAAAGGGUCUGAGAAGUGUUUUUCUUACCAAUUUUCACCCAAUCGCUCACCCUUCGACAACAAUUUCCGGGGACCUGCUGCGGGAGCGGGGACGAGCAGAGCUCUUGACGGUGAUUUCCGUCGGGCUUCUAAUGAGGUGCACAGCGCGCGACGGGAUUUUCUUGCCCGCGACCCGCGCUGGGCCGAUGAAGGGUUUGCCACAGCCGGAGAGCGCAAUCGGAGGCGGAAGGCGACUGGAUUUGGCGACGGCGGGGGCCGCGAAGCUCGACGGAUCCAGCCCUUGACAACGGUGGUUUUCGAUGGUACAGGGCACGACCGGCGAGCGAACCGCGCCGGAUUAGCAGGGGUCAAGCGACGAGAUUGGCGAGCUGGAGGGUUUCGCGAUCUUGGCGAUGAGCAGAGACGAGUUGAUGGGCAGAGACGCAGACGAGAGUUUGAGAGUUUUCUUCAGUAUUUUGGGCCUGCGCAGGGAUGGCCCAAUUUCUUUAAUUGGGACAAGGGGAAGGAUUUCUUUGAUCCAUAUUUUGGGCCUCAACAGCUCAGCUCCUUGGCUCCCAUCUGCUCACAUCAAAACAGAGUCCAAAUAUUAAAACCCAAUUCAUACUGUAAAACGUGGCCCUGCAGCGAAGGACAUAAAUCAAGAAUGAUGGGAAAUGGAGAUCUGGAAAGGGGCCCUUCAGCGAAGGACAGAAGUCGGAGCUAUUAUGGCGGCGGCGGCGGUGGAGGAGGAGGAGGAUAUGUGAUGGAGUAUUCUGACAAUCAGUGGACUUCAUGGCUGGUGCCGAUGAUUAUUGUGGCUAAUGUUGCCAUGUUUGUGGUGAUCAUGUUUGUCAACGAUUGUCCGAGAAAUCACAGUGGGCUUCGAGGCGAUUGUGCGGCCAGAUUGCAAAAGUUGGGAGCUCUCGACUGGAACAUGAUAGUGCACCAAAAUGAAGCUUGGAGGCUCGUUACCUGCAUCUGGCUGCAUGCUGGUGUUAUUCAUCUACUUGCAAACAUGCUGAGCCUGGUGUUUAUUGGAAUUCGCCUAGAACAGCAGUUUGGCUUUGUGAGAGUCGGGCUUGUUUAUCUGUUAUCGGGCAUUGGUGGGAGUGUACUCUCUUCCCUUUUCAUCCAGAAGAGUAUUUCUGUUGGAGCUUCGGGUGCUCUGUUUGGACUUCUUGGAGCAAUGUUGUCUGAGUUAUUUACAAACUGGACUAUCUAUUCUAACAAGGCUGCGGCUCUAUUUACUCUGAUCGUGAUAAUUGCAAUAAAUUUGGCUGUCGGGAUUCUUCCACACGUGGACAAUUAUGCACACAUUGGUGGAUUUAUGACUGGUUUUCUACUCGGGUUUGUGUUAUUGGUCAGACCCCAGUUUGGUUGGGUUGAAAGCCAGCAUCGAUUGGCUGGUUCAACUCAUCUCAAGUCUAAGUACACAGUCUACCAAUAUAUUUUCUGGAUUCUAGCCUCUCUUUUGUUGAUUGUUGGAUUUACGGUGGGAUUUGUGAUGCUGUUCAAGGGAGAGAACGCGAACGAUAAAUGCAGUUGGUGCCAUUAUUUGAGCUGCGUGCCUACAUCGAGAUGGAGCUGCGACAAUUGA